AUGAGAAUCCAAGGGGGCCGGGCAUCGUCGGGUGAGACGAGGGUUUGCCACUUUGCCAGCUACCUUGACACCGAAAUGACCGGCCCGAAACUGCUCCACCUUCGUGGGUCCGGUCUCUUUCAACGGAUACUCGCAGCUUGCGAAGACACUGGGAAACCCAGGGGCUUAUCGAUGGGUGAAAUUUUUCAGAACGCCGUUGGACUGAAGUGUCAUCUGAUGCACGUCGGUUCGCGGCUAUCCGUUUUCGUACUGGAGCGGCAGGACGCAUCGAGAGAGAGCACCGUUGGAUCAAGCUAUCACGGCUCGCUUGGUCGGGGGUAUUUGCCUCGGUGGAAGGCUUCCGUCAUGGUUCUCCAAGUUGUAUCGCUCACCUACUCCGAACUCUAUUCUCCAUGUCCACGCCCCCUCUCCACACCACGGUGGAUGCGCCAAUGCGUCCCCCUCCUCCCACGACGGGGUCUUGGUACGCUACCUUGGACCCUAGUGCAGAAAGGCGGACUCGAUCCUAGGCUCGACGCGAACCUUGGCCUGCCUGUGUUGUCUUCUGCUUACACCGCUCUAAUCCCUUUAUCAUCCAGAUCUUGCUUACGGACCUCUACCAAUACGCCGUGCCUCAACGUAUAUCGUGCCUCACUCGCAAUGGUUCUCAAACCCCUGGAUACCAUAGAGUUCACUGAUGCGAGCCACUCACCAGUGCUCCAUCGAGAUCUACGGGGUCAGUUCGCACGCAUCGUUGGCGGUGAAGGUCACCACUAUGUUGUAGAAGGCGGCAGGAAACUCUUUGACGCUUCUGGAGGCGCUGCCGUCGCUUGUAUCGGUCAUGGUGACAAGAGAGUGGCAGACGCUAUGGUGAGGCAGAUCAAUAGCAUCGCAUAUAGUCCUUCGACAUUCUUCACAACCCCCACCUGCGAGAAACUUUGCCAAUUCCUCGUCGAUUCGACCGGCGGUCGGAUGUCACGAGCCUAUCUAGUCAGCAGUGGGUCCGAGGCUAUGGAGGCAGCGAUGAAGCUUGCAAGGCAAUUCUUCCUAGAGAAGGAUACGCCAGAACCGCAGAGGCAUCUGUUCAUUGCUCGAGAAAGGUCUUACCAUGGAACAACUCUCGGCGCACUCUCUAUGGGUGGUCACGUUUCUCGUCGAGCCAACUUUACGCCGAUGCUCCUCGACAAUAUCGUUUCUCAUGUGUCUCCAUGUUACGAGUACAGAGGCAAAGCGCCUGGGGAAUCAGAUGACUCAUAUGUGGCCCGUCUUGCCCAGGAGCUUGACGAUGAGUUUACCCGGGUAGGACCCGGGAACGUGUGCGCUUUUGUAGCAGAACCAGUUGUUGGGGCCGCUCUGGGUUGUGUCCCAUCAGUGAGCGGAUAUUUUAAGGCUGUUAAGGCAGUUUGCGAUCGACAUGGUGCUCUACUUAUUAUGGAUGAGGUCAUGAGCGGCAUGGGCCGCUCUGGGACUCUUCAUGCUUGGGAGGGUGAAGGGGUAGUACCCGAUAUCCAGACUAUUGGCAAGGGCCUAGCCGGGGGUUACCAGCCGAUUGCCGGCGUCCUAGUCAACAAGGGAGUAGCUGAUGUGUUGGAGAGGGGUUCCAGUUGCUUCGUUCAUGGACACACAUAUCAAGGUCACCCUAUUGCAUGCGCAGCAGCACUCGAAGUACAGCAUAUCAUUGAGUCGGAUGGUCUCCUAGUCAACGUACGAGCCAUGGGCCAAUUGCUUUCAGAACUCUUGAGAGGGGGCCUCAAGGACGAGCCUUGCGUGGGAGAUGUCCGCGGCAAGGGACUCUUUUGGGGCAUCGAGUUUGUGCGGGAUAAGGUGAGCAAGGAACCUUGGCCCAGAGAAGCACAGGUGGCAACGGAGAUGAGCGAUCUUGGGCGCACCGAGGAAUACGGCAUUGUGGUUUACCCUGGUGCGGGAACUAUGGACGGCGUUCUAGGCGAUCACAUCAUUGUGGCGCCACCGUAUACUGUGACACGGAGCGACGUUGAGUUCAUUGCCGACACGGUGGUGAAGCUGAUCAAGGGAUACUUCGCAAGACUGAAGCAGUCUGAAGCAGAAAGGAAAGACUUCUAUGGCAACGUACGAUACCCCACAUGGGUACUGAAUGAUAAUACAGAGGAACUGGAUGAAGGUAUUGAAAUUCAACGCCGAGGUGAAGUCAAGUACGGAAACUCGAUAAGGUUCCUGAACUUACUUGCUCUCAACACACAGGCGACAGCAUAUCAGAACCACACUGCCUGCAAGAGUACAACGCGCCUUCCCUUUACCGUCCCACUCCCGCACCAAGCUCUCGCCCCGCCCGUCCAGCCGCCUGCCAAUGUAUCCUCGAAGACCACUCGACCUUCUUUGAGCCAGCCAUCUCACGAUCUCUCGUUACUUCGUCCGGUUCUCGACCUCCCACGACUCCCACAGCGCUUGACGACGGUCCGGUCCUACACUUCAAUUCCCUGCGGUCUCCAAUUCCGACACUCCUUGCUUCACCACGCUUGGCCGCAACUUGCAAGUGCUAUAGCAGUAUCAGCUGAUAGGACGCACACCAUGUCUGUCGGGCCGGCGACCAGUCGCCAUGCCGACGAAGAAGCUCGUGCAGAGGUUGAUGUGCUCAACUCGCGACUCGAGAAGACGGCUCAAUUGACCAAGAAGAUCCAAGCAUGCAUGGGAAGGUUGGAGUCCACCGGCAAGAGCGUCAAAGAAGUAGCAGGUCCUCUCAGUGGAGAAACGAAGAAGCUCCAGGUCUUGAGCAACAACAUCGAUUCUGUCCUCGCAGCCAUCGAACGCCUCCGUCAGCCCGCCGAUAGUAAGAAUGACGAAGAACAGAUCAUACGUGCCGGCCCGGACAAGGCUGGUCUUUCCAACUACCUCGCCUCAAUCAAGCGCCUCUCCAAGUCACUUGAAAACAUGCAGGCCUCCAACCUCCGGGCAAACCAACAGACAAUGGCUGAGCUUGUCCGCUUAAUCAAGUCAGGCAACUCUCAACUCGAGGGCCAUUUCGACAGACUGUUGCGAGGAGAAACCCCACGAUCGAUUGAACCGCUACAUUACAUCACCAAAGACAUGCCAUUCCCUGUACUGUCACAAGACAAGGUGACACGCCUCGGCCUAGUCAACUCGUACAUCUCAAGCACCCAUCGCCAGAAUGCUGGUGCUGGUGCUGCCCCACAAGAUUCGGCCAUUGCCAAGAUUUAUGCUGAAGUACGAGGGCCCUAUCUUUCUUCUACCUUGGCCAACCUGGCUGCUGCCAGCGUCAACACGACGAAGAAGAAAAACCCCGACGCCAUCUACCGCGCAGGCACCAAUGGCAUCGGUACAUACGCGCAGGCCAUGGAAGGCGCGUUUUUGGCCGAGUACGACAACAUCUGCAGCAUCUUCACCCGUGAAGAUUGGGGCCCCCUUUUCCAAGCCACGUGCCAGAGCGCUAUGGCCGAACUUGCACGUACUCUUCGCGAACUGAACAACCACAUCAAGGGGCAUUUGGACACAGACUGCUACCUCGCCUACGAGAUCACCGAGAUCAUGUCUGGUCUCUCGAGCAACCUGGAGACGCGUACAGGCGAGCUAAAGUCUUCACUUGCCUCAGCCCUUAGGCCUGUGCGAGAGACUGCGAAGCUUUCAUUGGGAGAGCUGUUGGAUGACACGAAACGAAAGAUUGCUGGCAUGCAGACACUUCCACAAGACGGUGCACCGAUACCCGUUGUAUCGGCCACAAUGCAGCGAUUGCAGACCAUGGUCGAAUUCCUGCGGCCUGUCUCCAGUAUCAUGUUCUCUCUAGGCGACGGAGGAUGGAGGUCGAAUGCUGCAGCCGAUGGACGAUCGACCGACGCAAUCCCCAGUCUUGCUUCCUUUGAUAUUGGCGCAGACGGAAAAGAAAUCUUCUCACACUACUGCUCAGACACAGUCGAGAUGCUCAUGGCAGGACUGGACUCGAAGGCCAAGAUGGUCCUCAAGGGUGGCCGAGCUGUCAUCGGCGUCUUCCUAGCUAACAGCGUUGUCAUCAUUGAACGAAUGAUUCGCGAUUCUGACCUUGCGCCACUCCUUGAGGGUCGGAUGAGCAUGCUAGACCAAUGGCGCAAGAAAGCAACAGGCAUGUACACGAUGGAUUGCAAAGAGGUCUCAACACACUUGUUCGAUGUCAUCCACACGAGCAAAGCAAGACCUCAGUCCGGACAGGCUGAUUCUGCCUCAAUUCUCAAGGGCCUUAGCAGCAAGGACAAGGAUAACAUCAAGAGCAAGUUCCAGGCAUUCAACGCCUCCUUUGAUGAGAUGGUGAGCCGGCACAAGACGUACAACAUGGAAAGGGAGGUGCGCCAGAUGCUUGCAAGAGAUAUUCAGCAGAUGCUCGAACCCCUUUACAACCGGUUCUGGGACCGUUACCACGAGGUUGACAAGGGCAAGGGCAAAUAUGUCAAAUACGACAAGUCUGCUAUUGCCGCUGUCUUCAUGACGCUCUAUUGA